GUUUUUUAAAGCUGUGGUUCCAACAUGGUCAGAGCCAGCCUGCUAGGCUAUUGAAUUCACUCGCAGCGAAUCAAAUCUUGCAUUCACAGUAAACAUGGGGAUCACCAAGCUGGCAGAUUUAAUUCGAAAUAAUGCUCCAGGUGCAAUAGCUCAUAAGCAGAUAAGCGACUACACUGGAAAGAUCAUCGCUUUGGAUACUUCUAUUAUUGUCAAUCAGUUUCGCACCGCGGUUCAUACAAUGCCACAUUUGAGUCCUCUGACAGGACUAUUCUUUCGGACCCUUGCCUUUCUCGAAUGGGACAUCAAACCGGUGUAUGUCAUCGAUGGGAGGCCCCCUGAAGAAAAAAGAGCUGAGUUGGAGAGAAGAGCUCAGAAUGCAGGUUGGAACUCUCCCCCACGUCCACGCUCUAAUGCAGUUUCUUCACAGACACAAGACUGUCUGCGGCUCCUUAAGCUCAUGGGCGUCCCUGCUCUCAUAGCACCUGGAGAUGCAGAGGCCUUGUGUGCCCAUCUUGCGAAGACUGGUGUGGUAGAUGCAGUGGCAUCAGAGGAUAUGGACACUUUAGCUUUUGGAGGUUCUCUUCUCCUUCGCCAGCUUAAUGCUAAGAGAGACAGUGAUGUCACAGAAUUCUGCUUGUCCAAAAUCUUAGAAAUGCUACAACUUUCACAGAAGGAGUUUGUGGACUUGUGUAUCUUGCUGGGAUGUGACUACUGUGACAAGAUCGGAGGUCUUGGGCCCACACGGGCCUUGUCUCUGAUAAAGAAACACCGAACAAUAGAGUCUGUGUCACAUAACAUCAAUAGAAAGACACACCCUGUCCCUCUCAGCUGGACCUAUCAAAGAGCCCGUAACCUCUUCCUGGAGAGCCUGCAGGUGGCGACACCUGAGCUGGAAUGGAAGGAGCCCGAUGAGGAGGGUCUGGUGGGCUUCCUGUGCAUGGAGAAACAUGUUAUAAAAAUGGACAGAAUUCUUGGACGGAUGGAGAAAUUCCGUAAAUCUCGGGAGACUAAACGGAAAGAAAGAGAGGAGGCAAAAGCAGCUGGGAAAAGUACUCAAACAGGAAUUAAAGAUUUUUUCCGUGUGACACGGAAGCGACAGGCUGUAGAGGCAGUGUGCCACGGCAAAGAAAAACAACGGAAGACCAAAUGACACUGACCUCUGCUGGUUGGUGAUGGAUGGAUGCAUAUGUGUGUUUUGUGUUUACAUUUUUGACUUGAGUCAAAAAGAUCUGUCCUUUGCUAUUAAAAACUGUUUAAAACCCAG